AUGGAGGGAUCGUGUGUGCGAGUUAUGCUGCGGUUCCGUUCUUUGGGGUCCUCACGAGCGCUGCCCGCAAUGUUGACCCCACGGCGCACAAUGAUGGGUCUUUUUGAAGAGGAAGGUCCGUCAGGCUUGGGUGAAACAAAUGUUGCGGCGUUUGCUUACUCAAUGGACCAACUGGAAAGCCGCAGCUUGCGCCUCGAUAGAAAAGCAUACGGUAUCCCUUUUCACAUUGGUGAGGAAGAGGCGGUGGAUGCCGUUUAUCGCCACCAUGGAACGGCCGUUCACGUCCACAGUGUCGAACGGUACCUGAUGCCCUUUUGGCUUGGCAACACGGCGGCGAGUGGCAGUUUUCGCGCGGAUGUUCUCCAGAAGGACCCGGCAUUUUUGACGCAGCAGCACUGCCUUUUGUGGGUGGAGGGGCCGAGCUACGAGUUCCACUACCCCUUUGGCGAGCAUCACGUCUUCAAUCAGGUCUCCGCGUCUUAUCUUCACCCGCUCUCCACUGUGGAACAUUGUGUGUCAGGCACGCAUGUGCCCUCCAUGCUGAUAUCGCGCUUUGAGUUGCUCAAGGAGUUGGAGGCGAUGGAAAAACCGCCAAAGGUCAUUCCGUUUUCGAUGUCCACCGUGACGGCGCUUUCCAUUUUGGAUUACCGUCUGAGCCGCAGCAUGGUCCUUCGUCGUAUUGACGAGGAACUGGUGAAAUUUCACGGUUCCUUCGUGAGGAGUUGCGUCACCCUCACGAGUGUUUUCAAGGAGAGCGUGAGUAUUCGGCCAGUAUUUUUACCGAUGAUGAAGUUUACGGUUUCAACCGGGACAAACGCCACGCCUGUUCCAUCGUUCGUGUGCGGUGCGACAGGCAAAGUAGUUGGGCCCAUCUUGCACCUCAGUCAACGGGCAAAGAUGAGUGCCGUAACGCUCUCAGGAGCCACUGCGUUGCUCAUGUUGGCGCCUGUUGUGGGCCCCGGUAUUGCCACGGCAGCCGCAAUUGCCUCCGCGGUGGUAUCCGUGUACGUGCGACGCUACCUGCUCACACUACGUUUUCUGAGAGAUCAGGCGAGGCAAAUGGCUGAACUCAAGACAACCGGCAUGUUAUAUUUUUCUUCCGAUCAGAACGGCUAUCGCUGGACGCCCGAGGACGAGGAGCGUGCGGAGUACGAGUACCGCGAGGAGUUGCGGCAGCGAGCACGGAGAAAGGAGGCAUUUGAGCAGCGGGUGAAGGAAGAGGCUGCGCGUGAUGAGGCCCGAGGCAAGAGGCAAAUUGACCCGAAGAACAGACGACGGACAGACCUGGAGGACGUCGACCCGCUUGGGUACUACCAGCUGCUGGGUCUCACUGGAAGAGAACUGAGCGCAACGGCAAAAGAAAUUGCGAGGGCGUUCCGUGAGGCCGCGCGGCACCACCACCCCGAUGUCGCUCAUCGCAACGACGAAGAUGUCAAGAACAAAAUGCAAAGAAUCAUUCAUGCCUACAAAAUCCUCCGUGACCCCAAAACAAAGAAGGCGUAUGAUUCUGGUCAACUGAAAGCUGAAGAGGGGGAAUAA